AUAUAGAUUAUCAGAGUUCAUUGUUCUCUUAAAAGUUAAAUUCAUCAAUAUUUUAUAUCAUUUAGUUGAAUACAAUUUGAUAUUGUUAAAAACAAUUAUGUGUGAUUCAAUAUAAAAAAAAAGUUCGGCCGGGCCACUAUACCCGAAAUGAUUAUGGUACGUUUGACCCUGAUUUAAAACAUUUUCUUUUCUUUAAUAUUCUCUAGGUCAAUGCCAUGAAAGUUCGAAUAAAAAAUCAUGUCAUAUACCAUUUUUUUUUCAUUUCGUGUUGAUACACUCGAAUUAAAUUGUAUUUAAUUUACAGUAAUCAUGAUUGAAAAACUCUAUAAUAACAACAUCAUAACAAUUUUUGCAAUACGCUACAACUGAUAAAAUGGAACUUAAAGUUUGGGUAGAAGGAAUACAACGGGUUGUGUGCGGUGUUACAGAAUCAACGACUUGUCAAGUAAGUUGAAAUGUUGUGUUAUACUUAAUUUUUUGUUAUCAUAUUUUUGUCUCAGGAUGUGGUAUAUGCGUUAGCUCAUGCUACUGGCAAGACGGGACGUUUUACUUUAAUUGAACGAUGGCGAAAUAAUGAACGCCUUCUUGCUCCUCAAGAUCAUCCAGUAACUGUAUGUGUUAUUUUUUCAAAAAAAUACGAACAAAUUCACUUUAUCACGCUAUUUUUUUUUUUUUUUAAAAAACGUUUUUCAACAUUGAUUUUAAAACAGUAAAUUUUUUUGCAGAAACCAUUGUUAAAGAAGUUAUGUCAAAAAACGUCUAAUUUUUUUUUUUUAAUGCUUAUUAAAAUGGUAUGCUAUUUAUUAAUAUUAUUAAUAUUAAUUAUUUAUUAAUAUUAUUAAUAAAUAUAUUUUAAAUGAAAAUAACCCUCAAUUUGUUGUGCAAAACAACGAUAAAUAACGGGAAAAAAACUAUAUGGACUUGAAGAAAUCAUAAAAACAAAAAAAUUGUAUGUCACUAUAACCUCUAAAAUAUUUAGAAAUAAAAAAUUUUAAUUGGGCUUUCAUCUUUAACACUAAAAACACAUCUUGAAAAAGUUUUUUUUUUUUUGAAAAUUUGAGUUUUUUUUGUCGUAAUUUCUUUAAAAAUGGUCUACGCAAAAAAAAUCAGUUUUAAAACAGGUAUUAAAAAAUGAAAAAAAUUAAAAUCCGUGACAGGUGUGGUAAUGUAAAUUUUAGCCAAAAAAUAUUUUUAAUACUUGUGUUUAUUAUAUUAGGUGCUAAUGAAAUGGGGAGAAUAUGCCAAUGAUGUGCAAUUUAUACUACAACGUUCUGGCAAUGUCUCUUCAAAUAGUGUUCCCAACAAUCCAAAAUAUAAUGAGGCUGAUAGUGUUCCUUAUUUUGCUCAGGAACGAAAUAAAGAUACUCGGAAAUCAUUAAUAUUUAAUAGUAUGUAUUUUAUGUAUAUAUAUUAUGUGUACUUUUUUAAUAUUUACCUGCUUUACACCAAAUAAGUACUUUAUUUUUUAAAUUAUACCAGUCGUUUUCAAUUCUGUAAGUAUUUGAGCCAUUUUUUUAGCUAUGUAUAGACAUUUUAAUUUUGAGAGUUUUUAUCCAAUUUUUAUUUGUAGAUAAAAUUAUUUGACCAAACAGAAAUGCAUGAAAAUUUAACAUGAAGUUUAUUGUUAGUUGUAUUAAGUGGUAAAAAUUUAAAAAAGUGCUGAUACUGGGGAUAGUUGAGACACUUUUGUAGGUGGGAAGAUGGGAAUCUAGGAUAUAUAAAGUUAUUUAAUUUACUUCUGUGAGCAACUAUAAAUUAUUGCUAAUGUAAAAACGAGUCAAGUUUGGCUAUAAAUAUUAAUUAACUUUUUGAAAAUUUACGAUUUUCCUUAAGAUUUAAUAUUAAAACAAAAAAAAAAAAUACUACAUUGCACUUAAUUUUUAUUAUUAUUUUUUUUUUUUUGGGGCACUAUGUACAACUUAUAAACCUCUUGUUAAUUAUCAAUAUUUCAUCUUAGUCUAACAAUUUUAUCCACAAAAUACCAACCAAAUAAAAAUUAUAUUACAAAACUCAAAAUUAAAGGUGUCUUAAUAAAUGGUUGAAAAACGGCUCAAAUAUUUAGAAAAUUUUACUACGUCUAAAAAAAGCAAAUAUAAGUUUUCUUUCAAAUUUUUAAGUCUCUAUGAGUAGGUAUUUUUAAUUGAAUUACAACAAAAAAAAAAAAACAAUUUUCUUACUUAUUCUCUUAUAUUUUUCUACUUUCCAACACUCCAAACCAUAAAAUAUAAUGAUCUUAUCACACUCUUGUAAAAUAGUCCUUGUUUCUUAUCACAUUGAUUAUAUGAUGCUUUACUUAACUUUUUCAAACCCUAUUUAACCCUAUGUUUUAUAUCCUCUUCAAAACCUCCAUUCUAUUGUACAAAAGAUUCUAGGUACAUACUGAAGACAAAAGAUAUAUUUUACUGUCUAAGACAUAAUCAAUUAUUAUAUAAGUCAGAAUAUUAUUAUGUAAGGGAGCAUUGUUUUAUUUUGCCUAAACUCAUUAUUUUUAAGGUAAUCGGAUACCUGAUAAUAUAGGUGUAGUACGUGGAAUACCUCAACAAAGAUCCAAUGUACUUCCUGUCACUUCUGGAAGUGGUGCUGCACCAUUAACAGUAGUUUCAUCAACAUCUGGUGUUGGUUUGUCAGUUUCACCAACAAAUACUCCUAGUCAUUUAAAUAAAGUAAUAUUGUGUUACAAGACUUUAAAAUUGUCGUGUUUAUGAAUAUUAUUGCUACUUUAGGAACAGAAUACCACUCCAACAAAUGGACCAUUACAAAACUCAACGAGUCCAAGUAAAAAGUUUGAUAGCUUGAAUUAUCGGCCCCCUGUUACUAGAGCUUUACCACCAUACCGUGAACCUCCUCCACCUUCUGUUAGCCCAGCAAGAAUAUCUCCUACAACAGUUGGUAGUGAUCGAUUAAAACAAACCAUGUUUAAGGUAAUUUUACCGAAAAAUAUAUUUUUUAGUUAUCCACUUUAGAUGUAAAUGUGUAAUAUUUAUUUUAAGGAGUAUCAGAAUGAAAACAAUAGCAAUAGCACUAAUGUCAUGUAUAACCCUCAGUACAAAGAUCUCGUUAGGCUUAUAAAUUACCAAAGAGAUAAGUUGUCUAUCCAACAAGCAGAGUUAACAAAAUAUGAUGCAGAAAUAAUGUAUUGGGAAGGAAAAACUAGAGAACAACAACACCAAAUGGAUUUCAUGGCUCAAGAAGCAGCUCGUAUUGAAGCUACUGGUAGACAUACAGAAGAACAGGUAUAAUUUAAUUUUUAUUAAAAUUUUAGUAGUAAAUAUAUAUUAUUCUCUCUCUAUAUAUAUAUCAGUUAAGGCUUAUGGGCCAAGUAGAAGAAGAAAAUGAUAUUGUACGUCAGCAAGAAAAAACUUUAAAAUCUGAAAUGACCUUAUUAAGAUCUAAAUUAGCCAACUGUGAAACUGAGUUGCUUGUAUGUAAAAACAAAAUACGGCUUUUAAUGGAAGAAGUAGAGCUAGAACAAAAAAUGUUGUCGAGAGAUUUAGAAGAGAAACGUAGAGCUGAACGAGGUAUUUUAAAGGAAGUUGAUAGACUACAAAGUGAAGUAGAAAGGGCCAAACAAGAAACAGAAAUGGCAGCACAAGUUGGAGAUACUCUACGAAAAGAAGUAACUAAAAAUACUUAAUAUAAAUAAGGGAUUGUAAAAUAAAAUAAUUAAAAUUGCUGUGGCUUUUUAACAAGGUUGCUAUAUUAGAAACGACUAUCACUGAGAAAAAAAGACAAGUUGAUAAACUAGUAGCAGAUAUGAAAGAAGCAAAUUUGCAAUCAUUAGCUAUUUCACCUCCAGAUGAAUUGAAAUUUAUUCUUGAAGGUAAAUUUUAAAAUUACAAGGUAAUCAAAUUAUGCUGUUUCCAUCUAUCAUACUCACAAAUAAGCUGUAGAAUAUUAUUUUAGUUUACAUUGAAUAGUUCUAAAAACAUAUUUCAAUUAGUUUUGAAAAUGAACAUGAUCUAAUAACAUAUUUAAUUUUUUCAAUUAAUUAUUUUAUUUCAAAAAUUAAUUUAAAAAAAAAAAAUUAAUUAUUAAAUAUUUUUUGAGUUAUUAAAAUUAGAAGAUUUAAUUUGAUUAACCUAAAAAUCAAUAUUGUCAUCCAUUAAAUCUAUUAAAAGAUUUGUUACAUUAUUAGCUCAAUAAGAAAUUUAAUUUAAUUUUUAUUAUAUGAUAAAUGAAGAUAACACACUUUAGAGUGAAAUUUUUUUCAAUAAUUGUUUUAUUGUAUGUAGAUAUACAGUGUGACCUAUUGUGUUUGACAGAAUUAAAUUUUUUUUCAAUCGGUUUUUCUACGAGAAGGACAUCGAUUUGGAGAAAAAAAUUUUUUUGUGUUCAGGGGAUGAAAAUAAAAAUUGUAUUUUUCUCUAAAUCGAUGUCCUCUUUGAAGACAAAUCAAUUGAAAAAAAAAGUUUAGUAUUAACAACGCUAGAAAAAUCUGUCGAACGUGGUGAGACACACUGUAUACAAAUAAUAUACAUUUAAUUAUAUAUUAUGUUUAUUUCAAAUAUUUAAUUAGGAGCUCAAAGACCUGGAAGUACUCGUAAAAUGAUUGGAUCGCCUAGACAACUAGAAAAUGCAGCUCCUACUAGUAAGAACCCUCAUGGUGUUUGGGUUUAACUAUUUUGUUACCUAAUCAAAACCCUUUGAAAAUUGUUUGCUUUAAAACAUUGUAUUUUAUUUAUUGUUUUCCUUUUAGUGUUUUAAGAUUAUUAUUUACAGUGUGCAUUUGUAGCAAUGUUUAAAUUGCAAAUUAUGCAUUUUUGAAACCAGUUUAGGUAUAUAAAUUAUUGCACAUCACACCAUUUUUAUUUUUCUUCGACCAAACCAAAAAUUUAAUUCUAAAACUUAAGUUAAUUUUCUUUUAAAUUUGAUCUCUUUAAUAUAUUACAUUAUAAUUUUUAAGUAAAAGUUUUUAUUAAAUAUAUAUUAUUUAUCUCAAAUAAUUUAGUAAAUAAUUUCAUUAUUACUUUAUUUAUGGGAUCAUGACAUUGGGCUGGCAAUAUAAUAUGUAAACACUAACUGAUAUUAGGUCAAAAAAACAUUGAACCGACAUUAUAUAUGGCCAAUAACCAAUAGUAAGGGUGGUCAGACUACUUCCCAAGUGUUUAACAUGUAAAUAUUAUUAAAUAUAAAGUAAUUAAAUUCAGUUUUCUGCAUAUAGAUGGUAUACAGUGUUUUUAUUGUUUUAAAGAAAAUUGAUUUAUUUUUAAAGUGAAAUUGAUUGAACACCGGCAUUUUUCUGGCUAUAAAUAUGAUUUUCUCUUUUAAAACUUAUAAAAAAAAAAUAUGCCUCCUAAGCAGCUUAAAUUAUUAUCUGUAAUAUAAAGAUUAAUGUUUAUGACAUAAUAUACCAAUCUGUUUUAAUCUUAUUUUAUCUACAAAUUAAUAUUGUGCUUUAGAAAAAAAAAUUCAACCAUUUCUAUUAUCAGCCCUUCGACCCUGACCCUUUAUUUACAUACUAUGAAACAAAAUUUAUGUGAAAUAUUAGCAUGAUUUAUUUACUAUUAUUCUUGUUUGGUUUGCAAUGUUAGUCCAAAUCAAUGUUUAACAAUAAAAUUAUUGAAAGUUAAUUAUUUCACUUUUCAUAGAUUUUUUUUUUCUUUCAAUUUUAUAAAUUGAGCUCAUAGUUUUGAUGUUGUUUUUAAUUUAUUUGGAAAGUCAUUAUUUAUUUAUUUGUCUUACCUUUUAGUAUUUUUCCUAAUUUAAAAUUUUUUAUUUCAUUUACAAAUUUGUCUUUAUUUUUAUGUUAUGCAUUUAGUGCCACUGAAUAUUUAUAUUUUAAAAUUUUAAACAUAAUAUUAAAAUGUUGUCAACAGUUUGUAUUAUUAUUAGAUAAGGUAAUAUUUUUAAACAUAAUAUAGAAGUAUAUGUACACAAUAUUAG